GACAUACAGGCCCUAAAAUGAAAAAGAAAUGAAAAUGCCCGUUUUCUUGUUGGGUUUGUAGCUGUUGCGAUGCAAUCCACGCCUGUGUUCUCCUCCUCCUCCUCUAAUGGAAGAUUUCUUCAUCUUCCCAUCGGCGCUGCGAGUUCUUCCCUUUAGCAUCUGCUUGGUUAGCAGCGGUUGAAAAAUGGCGGAUUCUGUUGACAUCAUUUUGGAUUUCUUGAAACGUAAUCGGUUCACACGGGCUGAGGCUGCUCUACGUGGAGAGCUCAGUACCCGGUCUGAUUUGAAUGGGUUGAUCGCUAACCCUCUUUCAGAACCAAAGGAUUCAAAAAAUCCUCUGCAAGAUGAAAAACAUAACGAAAUUGCACCAAAACGCCUGAGCGUAGGUGCUCAAUCCAGUGAGAUCUCUACAGAACUCAUCGUCAAGGAGGUAGAAUGCGGGAAUUCAAGAAAUGGGUCUGAUUCUAAAUGGAAAAUUGGGUCGAGUUCAGAGAACACUUCAAGUGAUAUUUAUUCGUGGAAUUUUGAUCCAAGUGAGCGUAAUUCUGUGCCGAAGGAUGAUGGGGCGAUUGCGAACAAUUUCUCGGAACUGAAAUUAUCCGGGCCACCAUCAAACUCUCAUAUUGUUUUGGUUCCAGAUAGAAAGAAUCCGGCUGGGGUGUCAAAAUCUGGUUAUGGAGUCGAGUCAGAUUUGUCGGGGGAGAAGAGAAUGUCAUGGGUCGGAAGCACGAGUAAAGCAGAGAAUGUUGAUCAACCGAGUAAAACUAGUAGUGGCUAUGCUAAAGAUCAGCCAGUGGAUAAUCCAUGGUCGGUAAGUGCAGGACCCAUGAAGACCAGUUAUGGAGCUGAGUUGGACUUGUCAGGUGAGAAGAGAAUGUCAUGGGUUGGAAGCAUGAGCAAACCAGAUAAUUCCAAUCAAGCGUGCAAACCCAGCAGCAGUUUUGCUAAAGAUCAGCCACUGGAUAAUCAGUGGUUGAUAAGCGGGGGAUCCAAGAAGCCUUCUUCAGACUCGUGGAAAGAGUGCUCUGUUGUCAAGACUGUUUUCCCAUUCCCGAUGGUGGAUGUGACAUCCAAUUAUGAUGGUAUUCUUGGUUCAAGUGACAAUAGAAAAGAAGGAAAGCAGAAUGAUAUCAGGGCGGAGCUGAAAGAGCAGGUUGAUGAGGUUGGCAGAUCAUUGUUUCUGGGGAAACCUCAAGGAACUUCAGAACACAAGAAUGUCAGUUGUUUAGAUUUGGUGCUUGUUAAUGAAAAUCGCAAGGAAGAGCUGCCACGGCUGCCUCCUGUUAAACUUAAGUCAGAGGACAAGUCAGCAAACAUUCAUUGGGAGGAAAAGGCGGACCGCCGUGGGUCUGGAAUGAAGAUGACUAGUGAGGAUAACACAUUCUUGAUAGGAUCAUUUCUAGAUGUUCCAAUCGGGCAAGAAAUCAACUCUUCAGGUGGAAAGAGAACAGGCGGAAAUAGUUGGCUAUCCGUAAGUCAGGGAAUUGCUGAGGAUGCUUCUGACUUGGUUUCUGGUUUUGCAACUAUUGGUGAUGGAUUGAGCGAAUCCAUUGACUACCCCAAUGAAUACUGGGAUUCCGACGAAUAUGAUGAUGAUGAUGAUGUUGGGUACAUGAGACAGCCUAUUGAAGAUGAGGCCUGGUUUCUGGCUCAUGAGAUUGACUACCCAAGCGACAAUGAGAAGGGGACGGGGCAUGGGAGUGUUCCAGACCGACCGGAAAGGGGCCCCAUGAAAGAUGAGGAUGAUGACCAAUCUUUUGCUGAGGAGGACUCUUACUUCUCAGGGGAGCAGUUUUUUCAGGCAAAUACUAUUGAACAAGUUGCUGCUUCUGAGGAUCCUAUUGGGCUUUCAAUAGCUUCAAUGUAUGGGAGAAGAGAUGAAAAUGAUCUGAUUGCUCAGUAUGAUGGGCAGUUGAUGGAUGAAGAAGAGCUGAAUUUGAUGCGUGCAGAACCUGUUUGGCAGGGAUUCGUUACUCAGAACAAUGAACUCAUCAUGUUAGGAAAUGGGCAAGUUCUUAAUGAGUGUGAACGGCCUCGGCCAGAUGACCUAUGCAUGGAUGAUGACCAACACGGUUCAGUCAGAUCUAUUGGUGUUGGUAUUAACAGCGAUGCAGCUGAUAUUGGCAGUGAAGUACGAGAAAGUUUGGUUGGAGGAAGUAGUGAAGGAGAUGUUGAAUACUUUUGUGAUCACGAUGUUGGCAUUGGCAGUUCCAAGCGUUGUCAACAGGAGACGAACAAGAGCCAUCUCGAGAGGUCGAACAGGGAUAAGACAAGGGCAAGUGAGCCAGAUAGGCAUAAAUACAUCAUGGGGCCUGAAAAGGAUACAGUGGGAGUGAGCUAUAAUGAUGGGGGAUUUUCUUUCCCACCGCCUUUGGGAACUGUGGAUGGGAUGCAGGCUGACUCUGGUAAACAACUAUGGUCAAGCAAGGGCGAUAUGGUGAUGGGUGAGGAGACAGAUGAUUAUGGUAAUGGUUUGAUAGGGCCCGAUGACAUGCUGGCCACAUGGCGGCGAAAGAGCACUGAUUCUUCACCUGUGAAGAGCUCUUCUAGAGAUGAGAACAUCGGUAAUGUGGUAAGAUCAAAUUCAACUUCAUCAACACUGUCAGACUAUGGUGAUGAAAAGGGGCAUGUGAAGGAAGGUAGAGAUGACAAAGUGAGCGAUGCCAGAGAAGAAGAUCCAGGGGCAACAAUUGAAGAUGAAGAAGCGGUGGCUGUGCAAGAGCAAGUGAGACAGAUAAAGGCCCAGGAGGAUGAAUUCGAAACCUUUAAUCUCAAGAUUGUGCACAGGAAAAACAGAACUGGUUUCGAGGAGGAUAAAAACUUCCAUGUUGUUCUAAACUCGGUGAUUGCUGGGCGUUAUCAUGUUACUGAAUAUCUAGGAUCAGCGGCAUUCAGCAAAGCUAUUCAAGCGCAUGACCUGCACACGGGCAUGGACGUCUGUGUGAAAAUUAUAAAGAAUAACAAGGAUUUCUUUGAUCAGAGCCUUGAUGAAAUAAAGCUUCUCAAGUUUGUUAACAAGAAUGAUCCUGCUGACAAAUAUCAUAUUCUCCGUCUAUAUGAUUACUUCUACUAUCGUGAACAUUUGUUGAUUGUAUGUGAACUUCUCAAGGCAAACUUGUAUGAAUUUCACAAAUUCAACAGAGAAUCUGGGGGAGAGGUUUACUUUACGAUGCCAAGGCUUCAGUCAAUUACCAUUCAGUGUUUGGAGGCACUUCAAUUUCUGCAUGGUCUUGGCCUUAUUCAUUGCGAUUUGAAGCCUGAGAACAUUUUGGUGAAGAGCUACAGUAGGUGUGAAGUGAAAGUCAUUGACCUUGGAAGUAGUUGCUUCCAAACGGAUCAUCUAUGCUCAUAUGUGCAGUCGCGGUCUUAUCGUGCACCCGAGGUUAUUUUGGGUCUUCCUUAUGAUAAGAAGAUAGAUAUUUGGUCACUAGGCUGCAUCUUGGCGGAACUCUGCACUGGAAAUGUUCUCUUCCAAAACGAUUCACCCGCCACAUUACUCGCACGUGUGAUUGGAAUUAUAGGUUCCAUUGACCAAGAUAUGCUUGCCAAGGGGCGAGAUACAUACAAAUAUUUUACAAAAAACCACAUGCUUUACGAACGGAAUCAGGACACCAACAGGCUGGAGUAUUUGAUUCCUAAGAAAACAUCUUUACGGCACCGGUUGCCCAUGGGGGAUCAGGGCUUCAUUGAUUUCGUUGCCCAUCUCCUUGAAAUCAAUCCAAAGAAGCGUCCCACCGCAUCAGAAGCUCUCAAACACUCAUGGCUCUCAUAUCCAUACGAACCCAUCUCAUCUUGAAUCUCAUCCGAACAAUCUUCCUCGCUUUCCAAGAUUGUAUGAUUUGGACUGUUCGCACGAGCUGCGCCUGCCCGGUGUUGCAUUUGAUGUCGGUAACCUGGCUCGUUUCCUUUACACAGAUGGCCUCGCAGAAUUGAUUGGCAGGUGCUUUACGGAGGCCACUGGUCCCUUCUUUUCACACGUUUCGGUUUGUGACAGCCUCCCUCCAUCUCUGGACCAUGUUGUAUCCUAACCUGCUGUAACCUAGAAUGUAAUUUUGCAUGCACCCAGUUUCUUUGAGGCGUUUUUUUUCUUUUUUCUUUUUUCUUUUAAUAUCUUUUUUUUUUUUUUGCUGGGAAGGGAAUCUGCCCUGUUGUGUAUAUGAUGUGAUUAUUCUUUUCUUCUAAACUUUUCUCAAUAUGGGUCUACUGCUUGGAAUUGAGAAUUGGGUUGAGACAAAAUCCUAUUCCCCCAUCGCUCCUUGGUUUUAUAGAGUUUUUGGAUUGGGGAAGGCUGAAGAAUUCUUGUAUCUUUUGCAACUUUUUUUUCCCCCUCCUGUCUUCCUUUUCUUUGAUUGUGUGGGCCCGACACUAAACAUUUAAAUCUUAAUAGCACCUUUUUUUUUCC